GAUUAUUUUAGGACACUAAAGCACUCAUAGUGCUUUUACUGGAAAACCUUUGAUGACGAGGAAAUUUAGCCGGUUAUUUAUUCGAAUCUAAUAAUAAACAAAGUGGCGCCGUAUCAAAAAACAAACCGGAACAGAUGGCCACUUUGUUUUAGUUACUUGUAACACACCGAUACGGUUUUUCCGCAGUUCAGUGCGAGAUGUACCUCGGAAAAGCGGAUAAUCUUUUAGGGUUAACUUUGGGUCUAAUCGGGUGGUUUUGGGGUGCAAAAGCCUUCAAAUGCCCCUCGGAUAACGCACUCAUGCAACCCCAACUGAGCGCCACUUUCUUAAACGGCUACUGGUACGAACACCUCUACAUCAACACCCUCCUAAACGGUGAGGAGUGCUCGCAUUAUGAAAUCGAAUGCGUUUCGAACAGCACGUGCGUCCUCAGGCACGUCAUCUGGAACUCUUAUAAUCUGGAAUUGAUCUGGAACGGCACUAUUAUUCAGGAUAGCGAUGGAGUACGGAUGAUUAUCGAGGAGAGAAGUUAUAGUAACGUUUUUUUGAAAUAUGACAGUGAUAUGGUGCUUUUGUGGGCUUGCAGUGAGGAGGACGCCUCUAUAACCGAAUUUGCCUCGAUUUUUAAAAGGGUGGACGACGAGAGGGAUGUUUACAACGUAUGGGAGGACGCCAAAAAGGACAUGAAGUAUUUAGGGUUGGCGGACGAGUUUCCUGCGGGAUGGUGGAAAAAAGUCGAUACAGACCCUUGCACUAAUAAUGGAAAUUAUCCAUGGAAAAUGCAUGUACCACUAAUUUUCCUACAUUUUGUACAAGUGUUCUUUUAAAAAUGUACAACUUUGAGAAAUAAAUCGAGCAAGUGUU